GGAAAAUAAUCCUCGCCCUUCACAAACAGAAAAGAUGGCGGCGGCCGCGGUGAGGACUCUGGGUUCAAGUUUGGGUAAAAACCUCCGGGAGAUCCGCCUCCACCUCUGCCAGACCUCCGCGGCAAGCAAGGGGGCCAGGGACUUUGUGGAGCAGCACUAUGUGACUCUGAAGAAGGCCAACCCGGACUUUCCCUUUCUGAUCCGGGAGUGUUCUGGAGUUCCGGCCCGGCUCUGGGCCCGAUACGACCUGGGGAAGGAGCAGAGCGUCUCCGUGGACAACAUGUCAGCCGAGCAGGUGGCCGGCGCACUGAAGACACUGGUUCAGUCCAAACCGUGACCCAGCUGUUUUCUCCUUGUGUGAUGUUGAUGAGAAAGAAUAAACUUGAACUUUGAAUGAGA